UUAAUGCCAAAUAUUUUCAGUUGCAAAUACCAGAGAUACAACUCCUCAACUACGUAUGUCUACAGCAGACUUGAUUAAUAAGCCACUCCCUCUGCUUAUAUAUAGCUUGCUCUCCCAUACAAUCUCAUAUAAAGAUCUCUCUAUCUCUCUUUCUCUCCCGUUGAAAUAGAGAUAGAGAGAGAGAGAGAAAGCGAGAAGUAGAGAAUCGAGAGAUGGCACAAGUAAAAGAGUUCAUGCCGGCUAUUGCGAUGGUGGCUGUGCAAGCAGGCUAUGCCGGGCUCAAUGUUCUGUCGAAGCUCGCGCUCGAAUCCGGCAUGAGCCCUUAUGUACUCAUUGCCUAUCGUCAGAUCAUCGCCACCUUCGCCCUCGCUCCCAUAGCCUUCUUUCUCGAAAGUGCUUUAGGUUCAGUAAUCAUAGUUACUGGGCUCUAUUUAGUUCUGUGGGGAAAAGCUAGAGAGUUCAAGGUGGAAGCUUCCGAAAAGAAAGCCCCUGAAUCUGAGGAGAAAUGUGAAGACAAUCAAGACAUUAAAGUGGAGCUUUCUAACAAUCCACCCAAUGCAAAUUAUGAAAAGACAUUUGAAGUAGUUUGAGGAGUUAUUUGCAAAAUAAAGCUGUGUGGGACCUCCAUGAACUUACUUUGAAGAUGAUGGUAGGGUGGUCCAUGUAGUGAUGCUAGAGCUUAGGUUUAUCUUGCCAGGAAAUAACUUUUGGAUUUAUUUGAGAAUAUAAUGUAUUGUAUAUACAUUGCAUGUAUUUGGCUCGGAUGAUUUAUUUAAUAUUACAUUAAAAAAGGUUUUCCAAAUGUUUUUUUAUGAUUUU